CGGCGGUAGGUGGGGCGGCCGUCGGACUCGUGCGCAGCAGGAAUCGGCCGCUGGGAGUUUGCUGGGAGCAGAGGCGACUGGUUCGGAUUAACAUCUCGUGUUGCGCGGAGCUAGUCUGGAUCAUGGCUUUGCGGGUCACCCGGAACACAAAGAUCAAUGCAGAGAACAAAAUCAAGGCUGUAAUGGCAACCAAGCGGGGAGGCGAUGGUGCCAGACCCGGCUUGAGGCCUAGGACUGCCUUGGGGGACAUUGGCAACAAGGCAUGUGAAGCAAAAGCCAAGGCUGUAAUGAAAAAGGAAAUACUGAAACCUGCCGUUUUGGACAAAGUUACAACUCAAAAAGUCACAAGACCUACUGAACAGCCAAAUGAAUCUGUGAAGGAAGAAAAACCCAUCCUUGAACCCGUUAAGUUGGAGUCUCCAUCCCCCAGCCCAAUGGAGACUUCUGGUUGUGCACCAGCAGAGGAAAUACUGUGCCAGGCCUUUUCAGAUGUUCUGCUUGAAGUGAAAGACAUUGAUACAGAUGAUGCUUCAGAUCCAAACCUUUGCAGCGAAUAUGUGAAGGAUAUCUACAACUACCUGAGAGAUCUUGAGGCUCAGCAGUCAGUGAGACCAAACUACUUGGCAGGCCAGGAAAUUACUGGGAACAUGCGGGCAGUCCUAAUUGACUGGCUUGUGCAGGUCCAGAUGAAAUUCAAACUCCUGCAAGAGACGAUGUACAUGACUGUUGCCAUUAUUGAUCGCUUUAUGCAGAACAACAAAGUUCAUAAGAGGAUGCUUCAGCUGGUUGGUGUAACAGCCAUGUUCGUUGCCAGCAAAUACGAAGAAAUGUACCCUCCAGAAAUCGGCGACUUUGCCUUUGUGACAGAUAACACCUACACCAACGUGCAGAUUAGGCAAAUGGAGAUGAAGAUCCUGAGAUCACUGGACUUCAAUCUUGGUCGUCCUCUUCCACUGCAUUUCCUACGGAGGGCAUCAAAAAUUGGAGAGGCCGAUGUACAGCAACACACACUUGCAAAAUACCUGAUGGAGCUCUCACUGGUGGAUUAUGACAUGGCACACUACCCUCCCUCUCAAAUUGCUGCUGCGGCCUUUUGCCUAUCUACUAAAAUACUUGAAGAGGGAGAAUGGACAACAGCUCUACAACACUACAUGCAAUAUACCGAGACUGAUCUUAUUCCUGUUAUGCAGCAUAUGGCAAAGAAUGUGAUGUUGGUAAACAGAGGCAAUGCAAAGCAUCUGACUGUCAAGAACAAAUAUGCCACCAGCAAGCAUGCCAAGAUCAGCACCCUUCCAGCAUUGAACUCUGCAGUCAUAAAGGAUCUGGCUAAACCAUUCUCGAAAUAAACCUAAUUUAACUGUUGGACAAAGUUGACACCGUGUGUUGCUACUUAAGUGUGUGUAUAUUAUAAAUAUAGUGGUUAUAAAAGUUUUAAUAAACUUCUUUUUUACUUUAA